AUGGAGCGCUCGCCUACUCCACAUCGCCUUUCCUUAUCUUCUUUACCGGCCACCAAAGAGAUGUUCAGAAGAUCCCUUCGUCAGUUUUCAGGUACUACAAAGACUCUCCUCGAGUAUAAGAGGAAGGAGAACCCUUCAUAUAACGAGUUAGCUGCUCGUAUCGAUCCUAUCGUGCGCACUGGCGAGUCACUCGAAGUCAAGAGAGCCCGUUUGGUCUACCAAUCUAGAAAGAGAGGUAUUUUGGAGAGUGACUUGUUGUUGUCGAGAUUUGCCAAAAAGCACUUGCACAAGUUCAACUAUGAGGAGCUUGACGAGUACGACAAGUUGUUGGACGAACCUGAUUGGGAUAUCUACUACUGGGCCACUAAGAACUAUGACGUGACUCCUUUACCAGAUAAGUGGAAGGACCUGAAGAUUCUCGGCAUGUUGCAAGCCGAUGCUGAAAACCCCGAGAAGGAGAUCAUGAGGAUGCCAGACUUACAUUAG